GGGUGUGGAAUGUCCGGUAUUUUGAGUCCGGAUCGUUAGGUACCACGCAGUGUGCGCGUGUGUCACAAGAGUACGUGCGUGUGUGCGCGCGUUUGUGUGCGUGAGAGAGAGAGAGAGAUUUCGCCGUGUGGUCCGACGCGCUGCCAGCUCGGACGCCGUCUCCGCCUUGCACCGCAGGCAGGCGCCGCGCUCCUACAUGCGAGUUCACCGCCGCGGCUCCACACUCGUUGGCCAGCAAUGACCGAGAGCCCCGCGACCAAGCCGGCCGACGGGGAAGCGCGUCCGCGCGUGAAGAACGGACUGAAGCCGGAGAGGAACGGCUUGGUGAAGAGCCUCCGCCGCUGCCAUGAGCGGCAGCCCAAGCGCCACUGCCACCCCGAGGAGGAGGAGGUCCAUGCGGCGGCGCUCAAUGGCGGCCUGUACAACCGGCCCUUCCUCGAGUCGUUCGAGGAGACGCCCAUGCUGGUGGCGGUGCUCACCUACAUGGGCUACGGCAUCCUGACCGUCUUCGGCUACCUGCGUGACUUCCUCCGCCACUGGAAGAUCGAGCGGUGCCACAUCGCCAGGGAGAAGGAGGAGCAGAAGGACUUUGUGCCCCUCUACCAGGACUUUGAGAACUUUUACACCAGAAACCUCUACAUGCGUAUAAGGGACAACUGGAACAGGCCCAUAUGCAGCGUCCCGGGGGCCAAAGUGGACGUGAUAGAGCGAGCGUCCAGCGACUACAACUGGACUUUUAAUUACACGGGUCGGGUGGUGCAGGAAGUGAUCAACUUGGGCUCGUACAAUUACUUGGGCUUCGCUGAGAACACGGGUCCGUGCGCCACCUCCGCGGCCGAGGUCACCGCGAAGUACGGCGUUGGAGUUGCGAGCACCAGGCAGGAGAUUGGUAACCUGGACGGACACGAGGAGAUGGAGAAACUGGUGGCUAAGUUCCUGGGUGUGGAGUCGGCCAUGGCGUUUGGGAUGGGGUUUGCAACCAACUCCAUGAACAUACCAGCACUCGCUGGCAAGGGCUGUCUGAUUCUGAGUGAUGAAUUAAACCAUGCCUCCCUGGUCCUUGGUGUCAGACUCUCAGGGUCCACCAUCAGAGUCUUCAAGCACAACAAUAUGCAGAACCUUGAGAAACUGCUGAGAGAGGCCAUAGUUCACGGGCAGCCCAGGACUCACAGACCAUGGAAGAAGAUCCUCAUUGUGGUGGAGGGCAUUUACAGCAUGGAGGGCAGUGUAGUGCGCCUGCCAGAGGUUAUUGCCCUGAAGAAGCGCUACCGGGCCUACCUUUACUUAGACGAGGCCCACAGCAUCGGGGCCCUGGGGCCGAGAGGGAGAGGCGUGAUCGACUACUUUGGCCUGGACCCCUGCGAUGUGGAUGUCAUGAUGGGCACUUUCACCAAGAGCUUCGGCGCCGCAGGGGGAUACAUUGCAGGGAAAAGGGAGCUCAUCGAGUACCUGCGCUCCCAUUCGCACAGUGCGGUCUACGCCACCUCCAUGUCUCCUCCUGUGGUGGAGCAAAUCAUCACUUCUAUGAAGUGCAUUAUGGGAGAGGAUGGAACAACGAUCGGCCUCAAGCGUGUGCAACAACUGGCAGGGAACGUCGUCUAUUUCCGCAAGAGGCUCCAAGAGAUGGGCUUCAUCAUCUAUGGCAACGAGGACUCGCCCGUUGUGCCCAUGAUGCUCUACAUGCCCGCCAAGAUAGGAGCGUUCGGCAGGGAGAUGCUGAAGAGGAACAUCGGGGUGGUGGUCGUGGGUUUCCCCGCUACACCCAUCAUCGAGUCCCGGGCGCGCUUCUGCAUCUCGGCCGCCCACACAAGAGACGUGCUCGACAGGGCGCUGAGUGUCAUCAGCGAGGUAGGAGACCUUCUUCAGCUCAAGUACUCCCGACACAAAAUCCAUCCGUUUGACGAGGACGUGUACGAGGACGUCGACGACUGAUGAGCCGCUCCUCUCCUGAAGUGGCGUGAAGCAGAACAACCCCAGAAAUUGCCCAACGGGUCGAGAUGGAUCACAGGUCUUUCACGAGGACCGAGAUGUGCACAGGUGCCUCCUAGCCACUAGCGUUCCAUAAAGUACCCCCCCCCCCCCCCCCCCCCCCCACACACACACACACACACACACACACACACACACACACACACACACACACACACACACACACACACACACACACCAACAAAAGGAGAAACACUUUGUUAGUUCUACUUUGCCUUAUUUACCCAUACAGAACCUGUGGUGCACACACUGAAAGACAGCACUUACACUUUCCUUUUGCGUCAAAUACUUUUGUGUGUGUGUGUGUGUGUGUGAGUGUGUGUGUGUGUGUCUGUGGUGGACAAAUGCCAACUUUCCAAAUGACUCUGUGAGCCUGGCACUUUUACGUCAAAAGUGGCGAUGAUGUCACUCGGCAAAAGAAGUUGCCGACCAUCAGAAGAUGUUGAGCUGCAGAUAACUCCCCUGAUCAAUGCAACGACGUGUUCCGUAAAGCCAGCGUUUGCCACUUCUUUUGUGAAUAAGCUUGCUUUGAUUUCGUUAUUCCUGAAGUUGGAUGAGAACAUUAGCACCACUCUCGUGACUGUACGGCAGGUAUGAAUGCAGCAGGCGCUCGGCUUAGCGUAGAACAGAGGGAAAUGGUUCCAGCCCGUCACUCCCACGGAUGUAUUAUUAUUAUUAUUAUUAUUAUUAUUAUUAUUAUGGUGCCCAUUCAGUCCAAUGAGGAUAGGUCCUGGUUAUGCGGCCCACUGAAUAUGUGCAGUAGUGUCUCUCUCUCUCUCGCUGGAACCGCCCAUUCGCAGGUCUUGAUAUACGUCCAUGGUAAAUCGACAUAAAAGCAUAGUCAGUAUAUAUAUAUUUUUUUUAUGGUGUUUUUGUGCUAAGCUAAGCUAAUAACUCGCUGGCCCUAGCUUUAUAUUUACUGUACAGACACGAGUAGUUUUGCUCUCCUCUCUAAAUUCAAACGAACAUUUUUCACGUGAAAUAUGAAUUUGAUAUCACUCAAUAGUUGUAUUAAAAUGCCAAUAUCUGCCGUGUAUACAGUCCAGUUUAUUGGUAUCAAAGCUGGAGCUUAAAGCCACUUAAGUUGAGCCACUCCAAGAAGUGCGGCACAUAGGAAUCAUAUUUUAAUUCAAGACGAGUCUGGAUGUGAUUUCAGCGCCGGUUCUAAUACCGCUCAAUAAUAUUGUUUUAUUGCCUCUUUGCGCUGUGACUUUAAAGGCAUUCAUACUUGCGUGCGUGCGCGUGUAUGUGUGUGUGUGGGUGUGUGUGCGCUUGCUUGCAUGGUUUCGGGUAUUACUUUGUCACUGCACUUUUACAUUGCUUCAUCGAUUUAUUUAUUUUCUGCAACGUUACACACUCCCGUUUUUCAAACUCUUUUCCUUUGUGCCACUUGAGCUUUGGAACAACAAUAUUCUUAAAUGAAGGCAGCUGUGAAAAGAGAAAAAGAAGACUUUCCACACACAAUACAUUCCCACUACGACAAGCAUUGUGUAACCACUCGUUCCUCAUACUAAUGCGUGUACAGUAAGAAUGAGUCAUUGAAGCUGCUCAGCACCACAGCCAGUGGUGCUCAAUGAAAUAUACACUGUUCUGCUCGAAAAUAUACACUGUUCUCAUAAAAAUCCACUUCAUUCUUGGCUCUAGGAAGGGUCUAUUUUGUUUCAUCUUCUUCCAUAGUCGGUGUUUCUCUGUCACUGUCUGUCAAAACGGGAGAUUCUUGUGUUUAGUUUCCUUCCCAUAGAAAACGUAUCAAAAACUUUAUCUCCUAAAUGUCUGUGAGCUAAAAGCUUUACAACGUUACACAUGUAGAUGCAGUUUGUCUUUUUUGAUGUAUUUUUAAGUUUGCACACUGGAAAGUCAUGACAUGAUACUGAAAGCAGGCCUUUAGAGCACAUUUUGCUAUGAAAAUAUAUAUAUGUAAACCAACACCUUCCGGGUUGAAGAUUUAAUGAUGCCAUUCUCAAUAUGAAUUAGACCCCAGUGCUUUCAGAAUGAUUGGUGCUUAAUCAAACUUUAAGUAAACCAGUUGCACAGGAACACCUGUGAGCUUUGUCGGUGUAAAGUCUGUUCAGCCCUAAUAUUUUGUACAAAGGUUCUAUUGUCUCAUUGAAAACGGAGCUAUUCAUAAUAUUGUUACAUUUUGCUAUGGAGCGAUCUGGGAACGAUGGUUAUCUUCAUUACUGGCAGCUUUUGGUUGACAGCACGAGAGUGCGCCAUUUAUAGAGGCAGUUAUUUCAAUGGUUUAGUUGCCACACAUCAGAGACAAUAAUUUUCUGAUAUAGUGCCUUUUUGAAGCAAAAUAUUUUCUAAGAAUUCCGAUUAUAGCCCGUGUUGUGACUUGGAUUGUCCAUCUUUCGUCUUAUUUGACUUCUUUUACCACUUCAACGAUACUUAUAAUUAGCGCUGGAUGUGUCCUCUGUGUUGACUAAUUCUCGUACGUUUUGAUCGUAGAAAAUGCACAUUGCGUUUGCCACAUGUCCGCAAAUGAUUCAUAUGUAAAACGUCACUCAUGUCGAUAUUAGUAGAUUGUUAAAACAAUAAUAAAAACUAAGCGGUUUUGAAUUGC